AACACAAGUUCAUUAUUAUUUUUAUGUGUGUGUGUGUGUUAAUGUUUGACUGCCAUUCUUCUCAACCUAAAUAAAAACCAAUUUAACUUGUUUUUCACAAGCGAAAGAAAUUUCAGAGCAGUUGUUCAAAAGUUCAGCGGAGGAAGUAAAAAGAUCUACAAAUAGAGUCACACCCACACCAACAUCACAGACUCUUGAGUGCUCUUCUGGCGUCUCUGCUCUGUAACACCAUGAUUGUUCUGGCUCUGCUCACCUGUAUUGUGCUGAGAGCAUUCAGCAUUCAGGCAAAAGUGGUUGACAGCUUUGAAGAAUGUAAAGCGUUUUUCUACAAAAACACAGAACCAGAAGGAAUGGAUCAGAAUGCCAAGAAAAUCUGCCAAAUGUAUGAAGGAGGAGGACCAUAUUAUUACGCUACGCUGUACUCCGUUCCUCAUAGGAUCCCUCUCUACAGUGCCUACACAUUGGACCCUGCAUGCUCAAGCACUCCAGGAGCAACAUGUAAGAACAAAUGGCAUGUCGAGCCACAGAUUUCCCAACCUCAAAACCCAACUGAUCAUAUGGUACUUGAGAAGGACUCUGAUGAGAACAUUAUUAAAGGAAAUCAAGCCAUCAGCAGUGACUACAACGACACCGGGUAUGAUCAUGGACAUCUAAAGCCCAACAGCUUCCAAUGCGGUACUGGCCGUACGGCAACAUGUACAUUGACCAACGCUGCACAGAUUGAUCUGUGUUUCUACUGUAUCCACUGGUCUAAAUGGGAGAACACGCUGAAGAAAUUAUUAAAAGGCCUUGCCAAUGAUAAUGCAACAGUCUACAUUGUCACAGGGACAGUACCAAGUGCAACUGAAAGAAUACCACAGAAGGGAGCAUCUGGAGACACUGAAAGGGUGGCAGUGCCCUCUCACAUCUGGACAGCUGUCUGUUAUAAACACCACACUGAUGACACAAAGACUUUUUCCUUCAGCUAUAUGGGGAGAAACCAGCCAGCAGAGCCUGGCAUAAGCCUGAUGAGAGUCUCAAACCUAAAUGACCGGCUCAGUGAACUCUACCAUAAGUUCAUUAAGAUUUUUGUUGAUGAUUGUGGUGAGGACAAUAAGUUAAACAUGAUUAAAGAAAGCUUUCAGAAAUUAAUUAAUCUGCCAGUGAACCAAGGAGUCCAAAUGAGCCCAGAUGUGCAGAACACGCUUGGUGCGGUGAAAAGGGCCAUCAGCAGUGACAGCACAUCAUCUACAAUUAAUGUUACAUUGAGGACAGUGACUGCAGGUUUAGGCUUUGACAGCAUGCAGGAGUACUACAAUGUGACAGAAGAGCUAAAGGCUUUUUCCGGAAGUGCUUGUCUCAUAACUCAUGCCAAACCACUAGUUAUCCAUGCUGAGCACAAAAAGAGGGAGGGAUCGGAGAGCUCAGAUGCUGUUGAGUGCCUGUUGGUCCCAGAGAAGCAGAAGACUGCAGCUGAUGGCUCACACUGCUCAAGCAUCUCAGACUCUGCUGAAAGCUGUCAAUGCACCACAGAAGGUGAAACCAAGCCCUGCUGCUCCUUUCCCUGCCUGUACAGCAAACGUCUGAAGGGCUACAGGUGUUACUCAGGCCAGGUGCAGAUACCCUGCUCACCGCCAUACUCAGUCAUCACGUAUAAAGGAGAAAGGUGUUUGGAUGAUUAUCCAUGUGCCACAUAUGGCUACGACUACUACUGGUGCUGGACUGGUUCCUUACCACACAACUGGGACUACUGCAGCCCUCCGCUGUGGCACAGUAAGGCCAAAAGUGGGAAGUACUGCCGCAGCAACCACGCCUGUGCCAAAUAUGGUUCAGAACAUAAGUGGUGCUACACAGAUAACAAAGACAGCUGGGAUCGCUGCUGUUCUUCUGAUGAUUGUCACUCAGCUGUGAAUGACCAAAUCUGCAGGUCUGAUCACCUCUGUGGCUAUUAUGGUUACAGUUACCUGUGGUGCUACACAGAUAACAGAGGCAACUGGGAUUAUUGUUGCAAAGAUUGUCAUUAGUUGGUUUGCAAUGUUUAAUUAUUACUAGGGCUUUGCAAAGUUGAUUGUACUUGAUCUACUUAAUAACCUCAAAACGUUCUAACACAAAAAAAAAUCUCAUGUGCACGUGAAAUUAACAGUAGCUUAAAAUGUAUAUUUCACUUAUGAUUGUAAGCAAAAACAAAUAGCUCAAUAAAAACAUCUGUGAUUCUAAGGAAUGCAAA